GAAGAAGUGAAGUCAAGUGAAGGCCAAAAGAAAUGCUGGGCAAGAAGAGGUUAAGUGAUUAAAUUGUUGAGCGUUUUCUAUUCAUGUAAAAAACUCUGUGUAAAAUGGAGAGAGCAUCUUUGAAUUUAAUAAUAGAACCACCAUCAGACAGAACCUCCAUCAGGUAGAACCUCUAUCAGGUAGAACCACAGUCAGAUAUAAACACAAUCAGAUUGAACCACCAUUAGACAAAGACUUUUGGAAAGGUUAAUGUUGGUUUAUGACAGUAUUAUGAUUAAUAUGUAAAAUAAUAAUGAUGAUGACAGCAGCAGGAGGCAGGAACAGGAUCCAGAUGAUUCAUGGAAACCUGUGAGGUGAGAAAGCACAUACAGCAGAACAAAACCACAGUCACACUAUCAAUUGUAGAAAUAUGACGAACCACUGUUUAAUCUCCCAUUCCACAGAAGAAGAAGAAGAAGAAGAAGAAGACGAAGACGAAGAAGAAGAAGAAGAAGAAGAAGAAGAAGAAGACGAAGAAGAAGGAAACAUAAGAAAUGAAAGGAGACCUCGUUUGGGGUAGGAACCUUUCACGCGGACCUCUUAUUCUGUCGGACCUAUUUAUCCGAACACACGGUCCAUCUCGGUAAACCUUCCGGAGUCCCGUGAAUGUGACCAAACGGUAAACGGUAGCCGUUACACGGGGAGGACGCGGCGGGCAGUGCGAUGGAAGAAGAGGCCGCUGCUCUGAGUAUGGAGCUCUCCUCUCUACUUCACGACCUCCAUCUCCAGAAGCCCCGCCCCUCUCCCGCUCUUCCUCCAAUCACAGAGCUCCUCUCUCGGCUGAAGGAGAAGCUGAUUGGACUGCCCUCUGACGCCCAAUCAAGCGCCCUGAUUGGUCGUGUGGAAUCGCUCUUCCAAACAGCGGAUCCCCACUGGCUGUUUUCAGCCAAUGGGGAUGAGGGGUGGGCGGAGCUUCAGGCGGCGUACCUGGGUCUCGUCAAUGCUCUGAUUGGCUGUGCCGCUCUGCCGCCGUGCGAGGACGACUGCGGCUCCCUACAUGCCUCAGCCUAUCAGAGCGUCCCCAGCAGAGCCCAGCUGGUAUGCUCCGCCCUUGCUGCGCUGCUCAGAACUCUGGGAAACGCAGGCUGUCCAACUGGUCUUCUGCCGGCUAUCGCCGCUCACGUGUGUGUGUUUGCUGUCACUCACUUUCAGGAUCAAGCUUGGACCAGCUCCUCCUCCAGAGCGGCAGCUCAGAGCCUGCAGGAAGCGUUGCUGAGGGCGGGGGGGUGGAGGGACUCCUCCCACCUCCUGAUGGGAGGGAGGGAGGGGGAGGAGGGAGAGAGCAGAGGACUUCUGGGGGGAAUCCUGCACUGCCUUCAGCCUCAACUCACCAAGGACCUGUGGCGCUCUGAAGCUGUGAAGUUGGUGUUUGCUUGGACGCUACUGCAGGUGACUCGCCCCUCCCUCUCCCCUCACUUGUCCCACCUCCUCCCUCCCUCCCUCCUCCUCAGCGACCACUACAAACCGGAGAACUGCAUCCUGGGAGUUCGCUGCCUGCACCACAUUGUGCUCAACACGCCUCCUGCAGAUCUGCGUCAGUUCAACAGAGCAGAAGUUCUCUACCAGGCUUUAUUCAAACACCUGUACAGCACAGAGACGCAGGUCAUACAGUCGGUCCUGUCCUGCCUCUUAGACCUGUUGGUGGUCUUGGAGAAGCCCCUCUCGUCUCGUGGCCCCCCCUCCUCCCGUAGGAUGUCCGGUUGCCAUGACGACGUGCUGCGGCUGGUCCUGACUAACAUGGAGGCGGAGCAAAAGGUGGCGCUGCGUCGCGUCUACGCCUCCGCUCUGCCUCUGUACAUCGACAGGAUGGGCGUGGCCGUGUGCAGACACCUACGGCAGGUGGAGCGGGUGGUGCUGGGAUACCUGGAGGUCAGGGACCCACCAGAGGAGACGAGUCGUCUGAAGAUCCUCGAAGUUCUUCAGAUAACAACCAGAGCGGCGUGGCCACGGGUGGCGUGUCGCGUUGACCUGUUGCUGCGUUGCCUGGUGAGGUUGCUGGUUGCCGUGGUUUCAGACUGUGAGCUCCACGUCUCAGUGAGACAGCAGCUGAUGGAUCAGGCGUCUCUCUGCCUCCAGCUGCUGGACGCCUGUUGUCAUGGAGACGUGCAGCGUCUCCUUCAACAGGUUGACAGCAGCUGCUGUAGUUCUGAGGUGCUCCGUUGCCUAGCAACAGUAACCGCGACGACAGAGAGGUGAUGCAGAACAUCUGGACCACCUGCCGAGGAUCAAACAAUCUGGCGCUGUGACGCUGUGUAUUAUGGGCUGUUGAAAGUUAAACGUCUUCAUGUUGUUACCAUGACAACGAGUUGUUUCCAUUAUAUCGUACAGAGCAAAUGAGCCAUUAGUAUUCAACACCUCCCUCAGUAGUAUUGAUCAGCUGUUUUAUUGAUCAAUGAAAAGGCUUCUCUCCGACGGACCGUUAAUGAACUGAUCAGAAUAAUUGAUUAAUGUUUCACAGAGAGAACGUGAGGUGAAAUCAGUUUGAUUAUUGAUUGUAAAAGUUUAAACCAAUAAAGCUUUCCUUCAAAGAUAACUGUCAUUUACAUGUUUUCACGAAUGCACCAUGAGCUGCAGCUCAUGUUUUCUCCCUCAUGUUGCAUUCAAGGACAUGAAAGAAAUGUAGUUCCCCGAGGGAUCGACUUCCUGUCCAAAUAACGCCUGGAAAAAGAAGCUGUCCUCUCCUUUGUGAUAGCCCAGUGUGGGGACAGCACGCAUGUAUUUAUUAUUAUAAACAAUAUGUUUGUAUAGUAAUUGCUUUAAAAAACUAUUUCCACACUGAAGAGUCCUCAAGUACAAGUAGCAGUAGUACCAAUACGACCAAUACAGUUUUGUGUAUAUACGGUAUAUGUUAGGGCCGGGACUUUAGCGCGUUAAUUACGAUUAAUUAAUUACAAUGUGAAUAUUAUAUUAUAUAUAUAUAUUGACCUUACAUAUAUUUUUUUAUGAUAAUUUUUUACCUAUU